AAUCGGUGGUCCUGGAGUGAAGUCACGCAAGACUUCUGUUCCGUCCUCGUAAAACCAUUAGACGUAAUCACUUCGUAGUUAAGAAGAUUAGUAUGCAGGGCGUUGUGGCGCCUCUACUGAUCGUGCUUCUUCUAGCACACUGGUUCCCUGUGACAACCUGCCUUGCCAAUAAGAGAAUUCUUCCUCCAAGUGACAUGAACUUGAGUAAACAUGGCAACAUGGCGCCUGGAAGUGAAUACGGAGGCGUGAGUUCAGUUGUGACGAACAUCUAUGAAACCUACUUGACAGGAUGUCACCUGCUGCUCAUCACAGGCGGAGAGGGGACUCAUCUUUCACGCCUGGUGAUGGGAGGUCUAAGAGACGCUUACAUUCCUGGGGCGAUUUUGAACUUACAACUGACCUCGUUUGACCAAUCGGAUGCCCUCUUGCCCCAGCUGAGGGAAGGGGAAGAGAAGGUGACUUGUCGGGUGUUCCUCUUUGACCUCACGGGCAGUGGGAGUCCAUCGCUUGCCCUAGAAUUCAUGGACAAAGUCCAGCUGUUCUUGAUACGCCACACCCACGUACUCUUCAUCGGCUCCCCGGAUCACCUGCAGGCGUCCCUCCAGGACAAGGCCCUCUGGAACAGCGUCAGAGUCCUGUACUUGGCAGUGAUGCCCACUCGAGAGUCACCCCAGGGGUCUGUGGCUGCUGCGGUGAAAUCGGCCAUCAAAUACAGAAGACAAGGACAAGACCGUGCCGUGGGUCUGUUGGCGCCACAGACAGGCUUUUCAGAAUCAGUGGUCGUGUACUCCCGGUGCCUUUUCUGCGACAGAGGCGAAGCUGGAAUUCGUCUGAUGAACAAGUGGACUCCAAAAACUGGCUUUGUUUGGGACAACAGUCUGUUCGAAGACGAGUUCGCUGACAUGAACGGGCAUCAGUUAAAGAUCGUUCAGCUCGACUGGUAUCCAUUCCUCGAUUACGACAGGGACACCAACGAGACUUCCACCACAGUUACCCCCAAGGAUUCGGUCGACAUUCGCAUGCUCAGUGCCAUCGCCAAAGUGCGCAAUUUCACGUACGUCAUGCGGGUGCCGUGGGACGAGCAGUGGGGCGUCAUGACGCCGACUGGAAACUGGACUGGAAUGAUUGGGACUCUGCAGCACCACAAGGCCGAUUUUUCCAUGUCCGUGACGUACCUGAGAGAGCGCCUGUCGGUGAUAGACUACACAAGAGUCUAUGUGAUCGAGCCUCUGGUCCUUGUUUCGUCCAAACCCCGCCAGAUACCCUCGUAUUUGGCGUUGAUUCAGCCCUUCGAAGGAGAGUUGUGGGUGGGCAUUUUAAUCUCGACCGCAUCAGCCGGAAUCGUCCUCUGGGCACUGCAGCUCAUGUGGUCCAGGGUUUCUGGAAAACCUGGCCUGCCCCUGGACAUAUCGUUCCUUUCUACCUUGAGCACCAUAUUUGAGAAACCCACAGCCACGUUACCUCAAAAUUCCAGCGGAUUGACGUUCUUGGUAUGGUGGUGGGUCUAUUGCACCCUCAUCACCGUCGUCUACAAGUCCUCAUUGGUGGCUCACUUGUCAGUCCCUGGAAAGUCUCCUACCAUAGACUCAUUUGAGGAGCUCCUGCAGAAACAAGGGUUUACCUGGGGAUUUGAGAACGCCCACCUUGCUUGUUACGCCUGGUUGAAGUACAACGAAGUUCCCGCUAUCCAGGAGGUUUUCAAGAAACUGGAGAUCCAAGAAAUUCCGGGUCAGAUGACCCGCGUUCUGAAAGGGAAGCACGUCUUGAUCGUCAAGAAGUUCAGGAUCAAGUCCAUUGUCGCAGCGUCGUACACAAACAGAUUCGGAUACACUCCCGUCUAUUACUCUAAGGCCGAAUACUUCAGAUCCGGCCACGGGUGGGGGUUCAGAAGAAACGCCCCCUUCAAGAGAGUCAUAGACCUAAUGAAACAGCGGCUGAUAGAAGCAGGACUCGUGUAUCACUGGAUAAACCAAAUGAUCGGUUCCCCGAGGAAAAAAGAAUGCAAGGAUGCGAACUGUCCCAAGGAGAAGGAAGAGAAGAAGUCUGAAAAUCCUGCACAGCUCAGCGAGGUUCAAGGAAGUUCGUCGGAAAACGUCGUCUUAAGUUUGUACCACCUGCAGACAGUUUUCUACCUCUUUGCCUUAGGCUUGACCGCAGCCCUGAUUGCAUUUAUGUGUGAAAACUGGGUCUUCUUGUGCACUCAGAAGACGCGUCCAGUAACAGCCUCCGAAGAGAUUUAAGCCAUUCCUGUCAGUUUUCAUUCAUUACGGAAAGUUUUUUUUUAAUCUCCUUUUUGGUAUUUGUUCUAGUGUACGUUAAUUUGUAUUUGUGGUAUAUUUUCAAGGGUCCUGUUAUUUAAUCUUGAAGAUUUACAAUAACUUUGCAGUGAUUUAAAUCUUCAUUUGAACUCUGUUUUCUUAAAAUGGAUUGUAAUUAGAUAAGAUUUUUGAUCAACUGCAUAUGAAACGCCAUUAGAAAAGGUGUGUG